GGUCCCCCGUGGAAGGCGCCGCUUUGUUCUUUCUAAUCCUAUUUCUGUAUGGGCCCGUUGCGAUGAAUGGGAUUUAUGGUGGACGAAUAUGGGGUGCAGACAGCUGUCUCUGUCUAGAAAGUGCCCUGCCCGUCAAUUCCAUUGGGUGGCGGCUCCUCUCCUCUCCUCUCCUCUCCAUCCCCAUAAAACUAAUUGGAGAUGAUUUAGGACCACUUAAAAGAAGAAGUUGGCGAGUUGCUGUGUGCCUCUAGCGUUCCUCUUGCCGCCCGGUCACAGAGACGUACUUGGCAUGGCUAUGAGACUGCAGUCGACCAGUAAGAAAUGCACUGUGAUUGGUGGCUCGGGCUUCCUGGGACAGCACCUGGUGGAGCACCUGGUGGAGAAAGGCUACUCAGUCACCGUGUUUGAUAUCCGCAAGAGCUUCGAGAAUGACAAGGUGCAGUUCUUCCUGGGCGACCUCUGCAGCAAAGAGGAUCUGCUUCCAGCUUUACAAGGGGUGACAAUGGUGUUUCAUUGUGCGUCACCGGCACCGUCCAGCAACAAUAGAGAGCUUUUCUACAAAGUCAACUACUUGGGGACCAAAGCAGUUGUGGAGGCUUGUAAAGAAGCUGGUGUCCAGAAGCUGGUAUUGACCAGUAGUGCUAGUGUUGUCUUUGAGGGCACAGACAUCAAAGAUGGAACCGAAGACCUCCCCUAUGCCAAGAAACCCAUUGACUAUUACACAGAAACAAAGAUUCUGCAGGAGAAGGAGGUGCUGAGUGCAAAUGAUCCAGCGAGGAACUUCUGCACAGUUGCCAUUCGCCCGCACGGCAUAUUUGGCCCACGGGACCCUCAGCUGGUUCCAAUCCUUGUCCAGGCAGCCAGGAGUGGCAAGAUGAAGUUCAUCAUCGGUGAUGGGAAGAACUUGGUGGAUUUUACCUUUGUGGAGAAUGUGGUCCAUGGGCACAUCCUGGCUGCAGAGCAACUUCGGAGAGACUCUCCCCUGUGUGGGAAGGCAUUUCAUAUCACAAACGAUGAGCCCGUUCCGUUCUGGGAAUUUCUGUCCCGCAUCCUGAUGGGGCUGGGCUAUGAAGCUCCUAAAUACCACAUUCCCUACUGGCUGGCCUACUGUUUGGCCCUUCUCCUGUCCCUGGUGGUGAUGCUGCUCCGCCCCCUUGUCGCACUCAGUCCCACCUUCACCCCCAUGCGAGUGGCGCUGGCCGGGACGUUCCACUUCUACAGCUGCGAGCGUGCCAAGAGGGACAUGGGCUACAAGCCAUUGGUUGGCCUGAAGGAAGCCGUGGCGAAGACCGUCGAGAGCUACCCGCACCUCCGUCGUGCUGCGUAGCUGCUCUGAGGUCGAGGGAGCAUCUCCAGGAAACCUGCUGCAGACACGACCUCAUCCGGUGCCUCAUCUGGCCGCUCUCCGCCGUGCCUCGGGGGCUGCUGGCAGGAGCAGCUUUGCCAUCUCAGCCAUUUGUGGGUGAUCAGAGGCAGCCGGCAACUUGGCUGUUGGACUAAGCCUUGAGCCAUUCCUUUAAAUUCUAGACCUUCAGCACAUCACACCAUCCAAUGCACACGUGUGUCAGUUGUGCCUGUACGGAGAACAGUGUCGCUUGCAGGGCGUGCUUCCUUGUUUCUUCUUUUUUUUUUUUGGACAGGGGGAAUAGUUGGAGUCAUUGGGCCUGACUUUUCAGGUCACUUUUGUGACUGGGUAGGAAGCUUUCCUCCCAUUGUUUUGUUUAGUGAUGUAUUUCUACGCCAUUCUUCCAGCUACCCGUUUUUUCCCUUGCAAAGUGGCUCAUCUCCCGAAAAAGGGAGAGGCGGAUGCUGCCGUGAUGAGACACAUGCGGGAUAGGAAGAUUGGGGGAGACCAGUUUUUCAAGUCUAGAACAAGAUACGUGUUCUGCCAAAGGCGACAGUUCUUUUCUAGGAUCCUGAGCUAAUGAGCACACGUGCAGGUGAUGAUUAAACCGUUCUGGGGGAGUGUAAAUAAAGCUGAGAAAGACAAGAGACACAGUGAAAA